UAUUCCCUUAACACUCUUCGGUACCAUGGUCCCAGAUUAUGGAAUACUAUUAAUCCCAGCAUUAGAACACUGUCUUCCGUGGGGCGAUUUAAAUCACGGUACAAGAAAUUCCUUCUGUCCUCGUAUGUAGCAUAGCUUCCCAACCUGAUUUCUAUGCAUUUUCAUCGUUUUUAUUAUUUUCAUCAUGUUAAUUGUAGCUCCUUCAACUUCAUUGCUUUUCCAAUUAUUUACUCAUUUUGUACUUUCAUAUCCUGUCAGGUUAAGUAGUGUCACUUUUGUCUUGUCUGUAUUGUCUGUGUCUCGUUAUAGUUUUGUUUUUCUGUUGUUAUUGUUGUCUGUAAAGGCUGUUUCUUACAAGCCUCGGCUUACUCAAACAGCCCCAUACUCCUAUUUUCUCCUGUACAUAAACCAAACUUAAUUUGACACUUGUUAAUAGCGCAGUUUACUUUUAUUAAAUUUUUUGUGUGUGACACAUAUAUCGAAUUCGUUAUUUUGCUAUGUACCCAAAACCUUUUGUUUAUUGAUGUAUUUCUCUAAAGGAGUAUGAAAUAAAUGUUUCUUGAAUUGAAAUUGAAUUGAACUAGACUACUGAGAAUCCCUCAUGAGAUCACUUGCUACAACGAGUCCACAGUAUCUGGCCAGAAUUCCUUGUUCUUCUUGCUUAGACGUCUGGCGUACCCAAACAGAUUGACAGAUCUUAGCAGACUGUUUGGCCGUCAUCCUGAAGAGUUGUCCAUAAUGAUCAAUGCCAUCCAAGAUAUCAUAUGGGAACAUGCUGGAGAUAAGUUAUUCGAUCUCAAUCAGCCCUGGUUGUCCCACAUUGGAAGAAUUCGCAUAUGCCAUCCAUCAACGUGGGAGUCCACUUACAUCGAUCUGGGCAUUCAUUGAUGGUACCGCACGCCCGAUUUGUCGACCUGGCAGACAUCAACGAGAAGUAUACAACGGCCAUAAGAGAACGCACGCUCUCAAAUACCAGUCAGUCGUCACCACUAAUGGCCUGAUUGCCAACAUGUUCGGGCAAAUGGAAGGGAGACGCCACGACUCAGCUUUGCUAACCGAAAGCAACCUCAUGGAAGAUCUUCAGAUGCUCCCCGACCAUUCAUCGGGGGAUACAUUCCGCUUAAACGGGGAUACAGCUUACCCGUUACGACUACAGCUACAAGGGCCAUUCAAGGGAGCGAAUCUAACGGAGGACCAGCGGCUGUUCAACAAGAAAAUGAGCAGUGUUCGUGAAUGUGUCGAGUGGGCAUUUGGGAAGGUCGUAUCAUUGUUUGCCUUUGUCGACUUCAAGAAAAAUCAGAAAUUAUACUUGCAAUCUGUGGGCAAAACGUACAAAGUUGCGGUUUUGAUGACCAACUGCCACACAUGCCUCUGCGGUUCCCAGAAUUCAGAUUACUUUGGUGUCAGGCCCCCACGGCUGGAAGAGUAUUUGGCGUAAUGUUAUAAUUGAGUAAAUUACAACUGCAUUUGAAAGAUGAUUAUUAGACACACAGGCUUUAACUA